AUGAAGGCGACGAGGAAUAACCCUCCAAUAUAUGUCAAGAUCAAGCUAUGCGCAGACAAGGAUAAAUGGAUCAACCUCGAGAGAAUCCGCUGGUCUCGGUACUUCAAUAUUCCUAUCACUCCCGAAACACCGAAAGGGUUUCCAAUCAUGACACUGGCAGUUCAACGAGCCCUCUGCGCAGUGGCGUCGGAAGUUCCCAACAAAUUGGCCCCUUGCCUCGACGCACUGUAUCAUUCGCUUUGGGUGGAAUCCAACUCGGAGGUUGGGAAGCCUGAAGGCUUCGUACCCGUGCUAUCCCGGGUGUUGGGAAAUGAAACCGCUGAAAAAAUGGCUCUGAAGUCCACUACAGAAGAAGUGAAAAACAUGCUUCUAGCAAACACUGAGCGAGCUGUGGCUUCAGGAGCUUUCGGCCUUCCUUGGGUCGAAUGCACUAAUGCUAAAGGCGAGGUGGAAUGCUUCUUCGGUGUUGAUCACCUUGGACAAGUUGCACAAUUUUUGGACCUUGAAACGAUGGCCGAUAAGGGGUUUCGUAGCAGCUUGUAA